CAGGGACCCAGGCACCAUACCCAUCCCCCUUGCCAUGUGGGAACUGCGAUCUGCCUCCUUCUGGAGGGCCAUAUUUGCUGAGUUCUUUGCUACCCUUUUCUAUGUCUUCUUUGGGCUUGGGGCCUCACUGCGCUGGGCCCCCGGACCCCUGCAUGUCCUGCAGGUGGCUUUGGCCUUUGGCUUGGCCCUGGCUACAUUGGUGCAGACAGUGGGCCACAUCAGCGGAGCCCACGUCAAUCCUGCAGUGACUUUUGCCUUCCUUGUGGGCUCCCAGAUGUCCCUGCUCCGAGCCUUCUGUUAUAUGGCAGCCCAGCUCCUGGGGGCUGUGGCUGGGGCUGCUGUACUGUACAGUGUUACCCCACCUGCUGUCCGAGGAAACCUCGCACUCAACACGUUACACGCUGGGGUGAGUGUUGGCCAGGCCACCACAGUGGAGAUCUUCUUGACACUCCAGUUCGUGCUCUGCAUCUUUGCCACAUACGAUGAGAGGCGAAACGGCCGCCUGGGCUCUGUUGCUCUAGCUGUUGGCUUCUCCCUCACCUUGGGACACCUUUUUGGGAUGUACUAUACUGGUGCAGGCAUGAAUCCUGCCCGCUCCUUUGCUCCUGCCAUUCUUACUCGGAACUUCACCAACCACUGGGUGUACUGGGUGGGCCCAAUCAUUGGAGGGGGUCUGGGCAGCCUUCUCUACGACUUUCUGCUCUUCCCCCGGCUCAAGAGUGUUUCUGAGAGACUGUCUAUUCUCAAGGGUACCAGACCCAGUGACAACAAUGGACAACCAGAGGGCACUGGGGAACCUGUUGAACUGAAGACCCAGGCCCUGUAAAAGUUUCUGCUGGAGUGGGGGAGUAGAAAGCUGGGUUUCUGUGGAGGGGCCAAGCCAGUGCCUGGAUGAAGAAUGAGACUGUGGGGAAGGGCACGUACUUCUUUCUUUUUUUAACUUAUGUGUGUGUUUUUCCCCCUUUUGCUGUGUGAAAUCUUUCAAGUUGCAUUCAUGA